AUGGAAACCGAUCGUGAAACCGACCGAUGCAUUGGUUCGCCCGUCCCAGACCGUCCCUCAAGCACCCAAAGCAGCAGAUCUUCGACCCCCUUUGCACUACCUUUUCCCACUCUACCAACGUCCUUUCUGGAGGUUGGUUUAAUGCAUAGCGCGCUCUUAGGAGAAGAGAUGUUUCGUUGUUCCUCAUGUAUGGCCGCAUUUCCCUCACUAUGGUUGCUGGAACAACAUACAGCUCUGCAGCACAUUGGAUCUAUUAGCUCGUUAGAGAAGCCCUUCGUCUGUGAACAAUGUGGACAAAGUUACAGGUAUAGAUCAGCCUACGUCAAGCAUCGCGAGCAAAACCACCGCGCAAGGCUUCCGGCUGAUAAACUCUUUUCGUGUGAUGUGUGCGGAAUGCAAUUUAGAUAUCUCAAGUCCUUUAAGAAACACAGAUUAAACCAUGCUUUAGAAAAAUUGCAUGGAAAGAGUACCGAACUACCCAAAGAAGCCAAGUCCACUGACGAAGAUGCAGAAGAUGUCAAAAGCAUCCAUGAAAAUAGCAACGAUCACGUGUCCAGCUCAAAUGAAACAAUUAACGUUGAGGAGGAGAACAGUCCAAUCGUUGUUAAAAAAGAAGUUGCUGAUGAAAUCGUUGGUGAAGGUACAUCCUCAGAUGCAGAAAAAACAGAAGCAGAACAGGACGACACUAUCGACUCAAUAGCCUUUUCUUGCCAAGGAACCUCCGGUUACCCUCCGGAUCUUCUACGAACCUCCGAGACGUCGAUCAUAAACUUCUUAAGAGCAGAUUCGGCGGAAAGACAGCGAGAGCGGAGAUUCGCCUGUCCGUUUUGCGGGAAAUGCGUGCGAAGCAAGGAAAAUCUCAAGUUGCACGUGCGCAAGCACACAGGU